UUGAGCCAGAUGCUUCCGAUAUGUCACAGUUAUCCUUCCCUCGAACGCUCACGUUGCUAUUUUGUCUUUAUCUUGCAAGUACGGCAAAAUUGUAGGCUAUUUAUGGCUAUGAGGGCUAACUGGAAAUAUGACGUUAGGAUUUGCAACUCAAACGCGCGUCGUGAGCAAGCGAAUGUCCUUGGGUUCGCGUGUGUGCCAUUCUCCCUUAAGCGCCAUUUAAUUCAAUUCCAUUUUGUAAACAUUCUACAGGCCUACAUGUGGACGAGAUCAAAUGGACCGUUUACACCAGGAAAUCGUUCUCUUGACAGACCCCGCAACAACAACAAAAAUAACUCUUAAAUCGCGGUCUUGUGCACCUGGAUGGCUCUGACUUUCUGACAGAUGUUGCUCUGUUCAUUUGUCAGUCAAUUGGAGUGCAUUUACGUCUCAAUCUGAACAUCACACUGGUAGCGACACCAUGUCCAGCCGAGGAGGAAAAAAGAAGAUGACCAAGAUGUCCAGGUCGACAAAGGCCGGAGUCAUCUUCCCUGUGGGGCGAAUGCUGCGCUACAUCAAGAAGGGUCUGCCCAAGUACAGGGUCGGUGUGGGUGCCCCAGUCUACAUGGCCGCUGUUCUGGAGUACCUCACUGCUGAAAUCCUGGAGCUGGCGGGCAAUGCAGCCAGGGACAAUAAGAAAGGACGUGUCACACCACGACACAUCCUUCUAGCCAUCGCCAACGACGAGGAGCUCAACCAGCUGCUGAAAGGUGUGACCAUCGCAGCCGGCGGAGUCUUACCUAACAUCCACCCUGAGCUGCUAGCUAAGAAGAGGGGGUCAAAGGGCAAGCUGGAGGCUGUCAUCACGCCUCCUCCCGCCAUCAAGAAAUCCAAGAUGUCCGCCACUAAGAAAUCGGCCAAAAAGGCAGCUGCAGGGAAAAGGGCCAAAGCUAAGCAGAAACAGGGAGAGGUGAGCAAAGCUGCCUCGGCGGACAGCACCACAGAAGGAACGCCUACGGACGGAUUCACUGUCCUCUCCACCAAGAGUCUUUUCCUGGGUCAGAAGUUGCAAGUUGUGCAAGCCGACAUUUCCACCAUUGACAGCGAGGCUGUUGUUCACCCGACCAAUUCCACCCUCUACACUGGUGGUGAAUUGCAAGUUGUGCAAGCCGACAUUUCCACCAUUGACAGCGAGGCUGUUGUUCACCCGACCAAUUCCACCCUCUACACUGGUGGUGAAGUAGGUGGUGCUCUGGAGAAGAAGGGAGGGGAGGAGUUUGUGGAUGCCAUGUUGGAGUUACGGAAGAAGAACGGUCCCCUGGAGGUGGCUGGAGCAGUGCUGUCCUCUGGCUAUGGGCUUCCUGCCAAGUUUGUGAUCCACUGCAACAGUCCAGGCUGGGGUUCGGACAAGUGUGAGGAGCUGCUGGAUAAGACCGUGAAGAACUGCCUGGCCCUGGCUGACGAGAAGAAGCUCAAGUCUGUGGCCUUCCCUUCGAUUGGCAGUGGAAGGAAUGGCUUCCCGAAGCAGACGGCUGCCCAGCUCAUUUUAAAAGCCAUCUCCAACUACUUUGUUGCCACCAUGUCUUCUUCCAUCAAGACGGUCUACUUCGUGCUGUUCGACAGCGAGAGCAUAGGGAUCUAUGUGCAGGAAAUGGCCAAGCUUGACACAAACUAAGCCCCCACCUCCUUGCAUUACUACAGGCUUAUUUAGAAUUUUAUUUGGAGAGAAAAAUUAAAGAUGUUUACCAGGGAUUUUGUAAAAAAAAGAAGAAGAAAAAACACACACAAAAAAACUAAACUUUAUUGAGAGGAAGUGAUUUCCGUUAUGUUUUAUUUGUUGAGAUGAAUCGUUGCAGUUCAGAUGGUAAUGUGUCCCUGGUGGCGUCAGACCUGGGUCCCGCUCAGAAGGGCGACCUGUUCUGAAUGUCGUCUUCUCUCUGACAUGAUUCCCUUAUUGUACAUGACACAGUCUGUUCUGUUGUGUUUCCACUGAGCAAGGACCUGGUCGAAUGUUUCCGUAAUGUUCCACCCCGCUGAGCAAGGCCCUGGUCCAUCAGGAUGGUGUUCCUUAAGUUCCUUGUGGUAAUUAUUUCUUAAGUUCUGUGUUGCUAAAACUGAAAGGGUUGCAUUCCAAGUGUUGCAGUACUGUGGUCUUUGUGAGAUUUGUCUAAAUUUGUCUUUAAAAAAAUGUUGGGAACAGAACCUUUUUAUGUUCAUGCUGUAUUAACAGUGGUAUGUCCUAGAUGGAGUGAGUGAAAUGUUUUAGUAAAAUAUUAGACAGUGACAAGGUUUUCCUAGGUUUUCCUAUUUUCUUUUACGGUUUGCUUUUAUUCUGAUUUUCACUUUGUCAACUCUAAAAGAAACGUAUUUGAAAAGAAAAGUGAUUUGUGUUUUUAUUCGGUUAUAAAGCUAUUGACAGUGUGUAGCUUUUUGUUUUGAGGAGUUGAAAGAAGGACAGGCUUUUGCUCACAGGCAAUUAGUCCCCUCUCUGCUUACAGGCAAUUAGUCCCCUCUCUGCUUACAGGCAAUUAGUCCCCUCUCUGCUUACAGGCAAUUAGUCCCCUCUCUGCUUACAGGCAAUUAGUCCCCUCUCUGCUCAUAGGCAAUUAGUCCCCUCUCUGCUUACAGGCAAUUAGUCCCCUCUCUGCUUACAGGCAAUUAGUCCCCUCUGCUCACAGGCAAUUAGUCCCCUCUCUGCUUACAGGCAAUUAGUCCCCCCUCUGCUUACAGGCAAUUAGUCCCCCCUCUGCUCAUAGGCAAUUAGUCCCCUCUCUGCUUACAGGCAAUUAGUCCCCUCUCUGCUUACAGGCAAUUAGUCCCCUCUCUGCUUACAGGCAAUUAGUCCCCUCUCUGCUUACAGGCAAUUAGUCCCCUCUCUGCUUACAGGCAAUUAGUCCCCUCUCUGCUUACAGGCAAUUAGUCCCCUCUCUGCUCAUAGGCAAUUAGUCCCCUCUCUGCUUACAGGCAAUUAGUCCCCUCUCUGCUUACAGGCAAUUAGUCCCCUCUGCUCACAGGCAAUUAGUCCCCUCUCUGCUUACAGGCAAUUAGUCCCCCCUCUGCUUACAGGCAAUUAGUCCCCCCUCUGCUCAUAGGCAAUUAGUCCCCUCUCUGCUUACAGGCAAUUAGUCCCCUCUCUGCUUACAGGCAAUUAGUCCUCUCUGCUUACAGGCAAUUAGUCCCCCCUCUGCUUACAGGCAAUUAGUCCCCCCUCUGCUUACAGGCAAUUAGUCCCCUCUCUGCUCAUAGGCAAUUAGUCCCCUCUCUGCUUACAGGCAAUUCGUCCCCUCUCUGCUUACAGGCAAUUAGUCCCCUCUCUGCUUACAGGCAAUUAGUCCCCUCUCUGCUUACAGGCAAUUAGUCCCCUCUCUGCUUACAGGCAAUUAGUCCCCUCUCUGCUUACAGGCAAUUAGUCCCCUCUCUGCUUACAGGCAAUUAGUCCCCUCUCUGCUUACAGGCAAUUAGCCCCCUCUCUGCUUACAGGCAAUUAGUCCCCUCUCUGCUUACAGGCAAUUAGUCCCCUCUCUGCUUACAGGCAAUUAGUCCCCUCUCUGCUUACAGGCAAUUAGUCCCCUCUCUGCUUACAGGCAAUUAGUCUCCUCUCUGCUUACAGGCAAUUAGUCCCCUCUCUGCUCAUAGGCAAUUAGUCCCCUCUCUGCUCAUAGGCAAUUAGUCCCCUCUCUGCUUACAGGCAAUUAGUCCCCUCUCUGCUUACAGGCAAUUAGUCCCCCCUCUGCUUACAGGCAAUUAGUCCCCUCUCUGCUCAUAGGCAAUUAGUCCCCUCUCUGCUCAUAGGCAAUUAGUCCCCUCUCUGCUUACAGGCAAUUAGUCCCCUCUCUGCUUACAGGCAAUUAGUCCCCUCUCUGCUUACAGGCAAUUAGUCCCCCCUCUGCUUACAGGCAAUUAGUCCCCCCUCUGCUUACAGGCAAUUAGUCCCCUCUCUGCUUACAGGCAAUUAGUCCCCCCUCUGCUUACAGGCAAUUAGUCCCCCCUCUGCUUACAGGCAAUUAGUCCCCUCUCUGCUCAUAGGCAAUUAGUCCCCUCUCUGCUUACAGGCAAUUAGUCCCCUCUCUGCUUACAGGCAAUUAGUCCCCUCUCUGCUUACAGGCAAUUAGUCCCCUCUCUGCUUACAGGCAAUUAGUCCCCUCUCUGCUUACAGGCAAUUAGUCCUCUCUGCUUACAGGCAAUUAGUCCCCUCUCUGCUCAUAGGCAAUUAGUCCCCUCUCUGCUCAUAGGCAAUUAGUCCCCUCUCUGCUUACAGGCAAUUAGUCCCCUCUCUGCUUACAGGCAAUUAGUCCCCUCUCUGCUUACAGGCAAUUAGUCCCCUCUCUGCUUACAGGCAAUUAGUCCCCUCUCUGCUUACAGGCAAUUAGUCCCCUCUCUGCUUACAGGCAAUUAGUCCCCUCUCUGCUUACAGGCAAUUAGUCCCCUCUCUGCUUACAGGCAAUUAGUCCCCUCUCUGCUUACAGGCAAUUAGUCCCCUCUCUGCUUACAGGCAAUUAGUCCCCUCUCUGCUUACAGGCAAUUAGUCCCCUCUCUGCUCACAGGCAAUUAGUCCCCUCUCUGCUCACAGGCAAUUAGUCCCCUCUCUGCUCACAGGCAAUUAGUCCCCUCUCUGCUCACAGGCAAUUAGUCCCCUCUCUGCUUACAGGCAAUUAGUCCCCUCUCUGCUUACAGGCAAUUAGUCCCCUCUCUGCUCACAGGCAAUUAGUCCCCUCUCUGCUUACAGGCAAUUAGUCCCUUCUCUGCUUACAGGCAAUUAGUCCCCUCUCUGCUCACAGGCAAUUAGUCCCCUCUCUGCUUACAGGCAAUUAGUCCCCUCUCUGCUCACAGGCAAUUAGUCCCCUCUCUGCUCACAGGCAAUUAGUCCCCUCUCUGCUCACAGGCAAUUAGUCCCCUCUCUGCUCACAGGCAAUUAGUCCCCUCUCUGCUCACAGGUAAUUAGUCCCCUCUCUGCUCACAGGUAAUUAGUCCCCUCUCUGCGCACAGGCAAUUAGUCCCCUCUGCUUACAGGCAAUUAGUCCUCUCUCUGCUCACAUGCAAUUAGUCCCCUCUCUCACCAGUAGAUGGCUCCCUAUCGUCAGGAGUGAGGUCUUUCACUGAGCCAUUUUGUGCUGGAAAGACCUCUUUUUCAUUAAGAUGUCUAAAAUGAAGUAUCUGAUACAAUGGGUGGAUCAGAAUGGACGUUGCACUAACUAUUUGCUGUAAGCACUGUGUUUUGGAAUUUUCCAUAUCUUUCUAAUGAUGACUGGAAGAUGAAAAGCCUUCUUAGUAUUGCUAAACAUGACAAUACAGAACUAUCCAAUAAAGUAUAUUG